AACCGCGCAUAAAUGACUGCAUUCUCGAUGUGAGUCCGGUAUGAGGAUAAGGAGAGAAACGAUGCGAGAGCGACCGCUCAAAUCGAUUCCUAGCAUUCGCGAGCAAAAAUACAUUAUAUGAAAAAUUCGAUUUUUCUGUUAUAUUUCUUUUUUACAUUGUGUAGAUGCAUGUACGCGAUGUAUUAUUAGCUCGCGCGAAAGCAUGAUUCUCGGUCUUUCUAAGCUAUUCUUGAUAUUAUUGUCAAUAUUGUAUUUGUACAAUUGUAAUUUUCUCAUUAUUAAUAGUAUGCAGCGCUUUUGAGUAUAGAUGCGUGAUUUAACACGUAAGAAGAUCUGUUUCUUGACAAUAAAUAUUCUAUAUCGAUGCGUAAAUCUAAUUGCGCGUGUAUGUGUAUUGGAUAAAUUAGAUAAAUAUCAUCUUUACAUACACACAUCACAUACACAUACCUAUCCACAUUAAUGCAUGCACGCUCGCACGCACGUUUCGUUUCUAGUUUCUUAUUUAGUUAUUCGUUUUGUGUCACGUAAUGAUAAUUGUUAUUUAUAUAAAGCAAAUUUAUUCCUCGUGUGGCAUUCCCUAUUUUUUCCAAUUCUACCGGCGGCCUUUUGAAGGCAAUUGCUUGGUUGACGAGGUAGGAGGCCGGUUUUAGUCUUCGAUGAUACAUUCGCUGGUUCGGAGUAUAAAUGAAGGACAAUGACCUAAUUGCGUACAGAACGCGUCGGACUUCUUUGUGCGGUCAAUCACCGGACGCGUAUAAUUUAUAUUUGAUUAUUUAUAAGCGUACGAUCUAAACUAACUUUCUGAUUUACUUUUCUAAUAUAAUAACGGAAACGGUGCGAUUUUGCAUGUUGCAGUCUACAAAAGCAUAAAUUAUUAUGAAGACAGCCAGUUGGAUUUGCUGGCUUCUCGCCACGUGCGUCUGCAUUUCUGAGGCGAAAAAUAAGAUUAGGAGACCGUCAUCUCCACCAUACGCGCCUACACUGAUAUUGAAAAAACCUCGGCCCAUCAGUCACCGAAUAUCCAUGGGAAAUAUCAUCCAUACUGGCGCUCCUUCUCGACAGAGAACACCUUACAAACACACUAAUUAUAGAAUUCAUCGGCCUACGAUGUACAAUGUUUUGUCAAAUAAUUGGCAUAAUCAAAUUCCAAUACGAGCAUUCCCCUUGAACAAUCAUGCAGUUUUGCCACAACGUGGUACUCCUACCAAGGAUUUUUAUUCUAUAAACAAGAUACAGGAAUAUAGUUCGCAAUACAAGCCAGAAUUAACAGUCUUGGCUCCUAUUCAUCGAGAAGAUAUUGAUGAUGACAGAGGGCCUAUCCACACGAUUCCAGCACCAAAUUUGAGUCCAGCGGAUAAACCUCACAAUUCGCCGAUCGAUUCGGAAAAGAUUGCACAUUAUCGUCCAUAUAUGAAUGAUCUAAAUUACCAUACCACUGUGCAAAAUCCUAUGACAGCCACUUUUGGAUUAACCGCAAUUAAUAGUAGUCUACCGCUACAAAGAAUAGCAACAAAUUCGAGUCCACUGAAACAUCAAUACCAAGUUACAGAAAACGACGUAGCUUUAAACGAACAUCAAACUAUCCAACCUGAAGCAACUCAUCAGCCUCAGGAUCCAGAUAUAACGAGGCUAUAUUCGCUUAUAAUUAAUAAUCCUCAUCAAUCAUCACAAUUCAACGAGCUUUUCGCAAAUCAAGCUAUUAAUUCAAAUGCAGGAUCAAAUGUACAAUUUGGUCAAUCAAAUAUGCCAAUUCAAACAAAUCUUCAUAAUUCCUUACAUGUCGGAUAUCCUUCUACAGACAAUCAGACACCAUACACUAUAACACAGCAGAUUCCACCAGAUUUUCAUGUAGGUCAUCCAGUUUCAGCAGGAUCACCAUUGUCAGCUAUGCAACUUUACGACUUAUUAAAUAAUUUUCCACAUAAACUUGCGGAGCAAUAUACAUCAGAUCAGCGACACAUUCUUCAGCAGCAGCUUGGCCAAAUAUUUCAACCAGAUUUGGCAACAAGUUUUUCCCAACCACAAAUGCAUUCUUUCAAUUAUGACGAACAGGCUAAUCAAUUACAACAACAGCAAAUUUUACCCGAUCAAGAUUAUGCCUCCGAAAGUGUCACAGCAGAUUAUAAUCUGGGUUCGGAAUCUUCGAUAGAUUCACGUAAACAGAGUGAUGUGUAUGUUAACGAAAAAUUUACAUAUUCUAUAAAUGGAAUCGAGCAAUCCGGAAACAAUAUUGAUAAUGAAGAAGCGACUUAUCAAGUAAAACCGACAACGUAUUUCGAUAAAAUGGCCGACACUAGUGCCAUAUCGACAAAAUUUUAUACAACACUUCCUAAUAGAGAAGCUGCUGAAAAAUUAGCCGCGCUAGCUGCUGCCGGUCAUGUCAACAGUCGUCUUAUAGGCCAGUUGCAAAAACAACAAAAAAAAGAUACGCAGAAAAACUCAAUGCCGCUUAAUCAUAAGGAUGAUGAUCUUGCAAAUCAACAGCAGAUCAAUGAUGAUGAACAGAUGUAUAAUCAACAAAAAUCGUAUCAUGAAAGUCAGCAGCAUCGCCAUAGGCAAAAUUUUAAGGUACAGAACAAUGAAAAGUUACCUCUACAGAUUAUGAUACCCGAUGACAAUGACGAUUAUGUUACGAGUGACGACGAUCAGCAAAGUAAUAUAAAAAGAGACAACACAAAUUUAGAAUACGAAUAUGAUGAUGGGGAAAUUGAAGAUUCGCAAUCUACUACUUUGUUCAAAACGACUUCUCAUGAUAAUAAUUCCCAUGCUGAGUUUGGCACCCGUUUGCAUUCUUAGAAAAGUCGUUACUUUCCUAAGAUAUUCACGUAUACCAAGUAUUUUAUUUAAAGUCAUAUCUACAUGCUCAUAAGAUGCAUGUUAACACAUAUUUAUAUCUCGUCCAUGAUAAAAUGAACAAAAAUCUUUAUAAACUUGUAGAAUUUUCAUUGAUCUUGUUUCACACGUCAUCGAUCGGUAAACAUUUGUAUAUACAUACUUAUUUAGAUAAAUA